CCACUUUGUUGUUUGACAAUUCGUUUUCAAACUUUUGAAAAUUUGAAUUCUAAUGAAAUCUCCAACGGUGCUUACAUUUGUGAUUUUUCUAAAUUGAAUAUUACUCUUGUUGUCUUCAUUGUAUAAUCUUGUGAAAAGUACCUGACUGACAUGCUUCCUUCGCGCUUCGUUCCUCAACAACAGUCUAACAUGCGGAAAUCCCGAUUGGAAGGUAAGCCUUCACUGCUGCCAAAGCCUCGACGGCCGGGGUCCACAGACCGUUUGUCGACUGAGGCGCGAAGACCUAGUACCGCAGGCCAUCGCUCCAGCAGUGCUGAACCUCCUCGCGCAACCUUCGGAGCUAGGCUCAGUCGUGAAGCGUCCGCUACCAAGAUAGCUAUGAAUGGGAGAUCACGCUCACAACAAAGUGACAGGUUUGGUCAGGCAGCCACCACUCCCCUGAGGUCCAAUCAUCACUCCAGAUCUACUACAACACCAGUUAGAACUCCGUCAGAAGACCGAUCAUCUCGCAACUGGCAAACUUCACUAGAGAGAGCGCUCGCUUUUGUCACUACAAAAGAUCAAAGACCGAUCUCGAACGUGGCGUGGCAGCGCGCGGAGUGCGGGCGCGUGCAGGCGGCGCUGGCGGCGGGCGGCGGCGGCAUGGCGCUCAUCCGCCCGCUCACCAUCGCACGCUUCGUUGACAUCACCGGCGCCCUGCUCGCCUCCGUCAUUGGAGAUGCCAAGUUGAACAAUGACAAUUACAUUACUAAGUUGCCUCAUUUGUCGAAGCGUCUGCUGUACCCGGGCACGGUGUCCAAGUCGUGGCUGCGGACCGUCAACACGCUGCACGCCUUCCCGCACGCGCUGGCCCUCAUCGCCUACCUGCUGGACCUCGUGUCGCACAUAGAAAUGCCUGUAUCAGAUGACUGGUUGUACCUUGGCAAAGAUGAGUUGUCCUGUCUACGAAGGGACUAUCUCUACAAAUGUUGGAUUAGGUUUCAAGAUCCAGGUCAUCAGUUUGAAGAUUUGAACGAGGACUACUUGCAAAACUUGAAGACUCUAUUGGGCAACGAUGAAGAGAAAAUUGUUGAUUUAAAGAGAACCAUACAAAAAUAUGAAGCUUGUCUCGAAGACGAGGUGGAGCUAGCGGCUCGCGCGGACGAGGCGCGCCGCACCGAGCGCAGGGGCGCGCUGGCCGCCGCGCUGCGGACGCUGCGGAGCGCCAGGGCUGCGGCCCGGGGCGAGGCGGACGCUCAGCGGGCGCUGCACCGCCAGGGACUCGACGAGAUCAAGCAUCUGGAGGCCGACACCGAGCGCGCCCAUCUGGAGAACGAAGAGCUAAGUGAAGAGUUGGAGCGGCAGAGUCUGUCGGUGGCGGAGCGGGCCCGCCUGCUGGACGAGGUGGACUACGCGCGCAGGGUGCAGGACUCCAAGCGCGCGCUCGCCGACCAGAUCGCCAAGAUGGUGCUGACGAAAGAGAAUGAGCUGGCCCUUUGGCAGAAGAGAACGUUGGACAGCUGCGUCGAGUACAAGCAGGGACUCAUCCACCUGUCCGCGCAGCACCCCGACGUCGCCGAGCUGGCCAUCGACGAGAACCAGCUGAUGUGUGCCUCCUGCGCCGAGGAGGUGGCCCGCGCCGUGGAGCGCCUGCGCGAGCGCGCCUCCCUGCUGGGGCUCCGCCGCGCGCGCGCACAGCGGGACCGCGCCGCCCUCGCGCGACGCACGCACGCGCUCUCGGAGGAGAUCCGUGCCAAAAUAUCGGAAGCGAAGUGUUCCGCGGAGCGCGAGCAACAGGCGCUGGACGGAGAAACUGCGCGCGAGGCCGCCGAGGCCGCCACCUGGAGCCGCCACCUGCAGGACCUCGCCGACAAGAUGGACGAGCUCAGAGCGCAGCAGGAGCACUACGCGCAGGCAGACCGAGACCUCCAGUUCUGGGAGAAGCAGGAGCUAGCCUGGCGGAGCAAGCUGACGGAGCUCCGCGAGUACACGGGGUCGCGGCGCGGGGAGUGCGCGCGGCUGCUGGCCCGCGCGGGGGGGGAGCGGGCGCGGCGGGUGGCGGGGGCGGUGGGGGGCUGGGCGCGCCUGCUGCAGCACUAGUGCGGUGGACGCGGUGCUCGCGACCCCCUUGCACUCUCUACAGUACAUACACUCCUGAAACCCCUCUCAACCCUAAUUUAUUUUAACACAUCUCUGUUGACAGCAAAAGAAAAAAUUCCCUCAGAUUUUACAAAUAAAUUGGUUACCGUCAUCCAUUGACUUCAGCAAUGCCAAGGGCAGAGCCAGCCGCUGCCUACCGCAAACUUAUUCGUUAGAUAAUACUUUGUAAAUAAGGAUUGUUGAUUAAGAGCCUACUACUACAUUAUGUUACAUUUAACCAAUGAAUAAUUGAGAUAACUGUGCAGAGUUACUGGACUCGUAGGCCGUAAACUGAAGUGUGUUCACGGGUACUCACGGUUGGUGGAAAGCCUAAUAACGAUAUAUUUAACCGUGUCUUUUAACUUUUUAAAUUAAGUUGUUAAGUAUUCGUUAUAUUAGCCAGAAGGCUUAUGUAAGGUUAUAAAUAUAUUCUUGUAUUUUAUUUACUAUUCUUUGCUACCCGCGGCUUCGCCCGCGUGUUCAUGGGACAGUGUCAGUUUCUUCUGGAAAUAAGAUGUUUUUGCUGAAUCAUGUCUAUCUCCUGACCUAAUACUGUCAUUUAAUAAAAACAAGUCAAUGAAUUGUUUAAUUGAAAAAAGAACAAACAAACACACCUUCACAUAUAAAAUUAGUAUGAAUGUCUUGUACAAUUAUGUUAAAAAUAAAGUUUGAAAAAUGAAA